AUGGCUAUAGUGGAAGACGAAGUGAGAAAUGGUUCCGAAGAAGAAAAUGAAAUAGAAGUAGUCGUAGAAGAAGAUGACGCAGACCACGAUUCUGACGACUCUGAUGACGAUGAUGAUGAUGAGAUAAUGGAAAAGAAGGUGGCCGAACUAGAACAAAGAAUAGAGGAAGACCCUUACAAUUACAAUGAUCACAUAGAACUAAUACAAGCACUCUGGAGCAUCUCAGAGCUUGACCGAUGGCGGGCUGCUUUUGACCGCUUACAUCAGCUGUCAUUAUUGCGUGCAGAACACUGGCUCUUGAGACUGCAGACUGAAGAGACUCUAGCUCACUCUCCACAGUCACGAGAACACAUAGCUAACCUGUUUCAACAGGCGACUUUGGAUUGUUAUUCCAUACCAAUCCUCUCUGAGUGGUGCUCGUGGUCGCUGAGCGCAGGCGAGGCGGUGUCUGCGCGGGCGCAGCUGGAGGAGGUGCUGAGACGCGCGGGCGCAGACCCACUCUCGGGGAAGAUAUUCUGGGACGCUAAAUUGGAACUGGAGAAAGCUAAAUUGGAUAGUAUGAAGGCUGGCAACUCAGGGCGACUGCCGAGAAGACGAAGUCAAGAAAAUCGAAGGAGAACCCGAUCAUCGUACGAUUCCAGUGGCACGUCAAGCACGGAUAGCUCCGUCGAACGAGCUAAUUGGCGCCAUAAUAAGAUACGCAAGAAGGAUGCGGGUAACCGUAGAAAUGAACUGUUAAAAUCGGUGCAUAACAAUUUUACGGUCGAUAAGUUGAAAAAAAUACCACCCUCGUAUGAAUUUUUAUUUGAACCGGAACAAUUCGAUAAAUUAAUUGAAAAAGAAGGAGGAGCGUCAAAAGUAUUUGCUAAAUUACAGCCUGCUAAGAAAAAUUAUGUAGCUUCUUCUAAACUACCGACUUUUAAACCUCAAGAACAGGAAGUGUCUUCCUCAUCAGAAGGUACUCAAACUUCGUAUACAGCUUCAGCAGCUGCUAUCGAAAAAAAUGUGUUCUCAAAGGCAAGCCUUAACCAUACUAGGCCGUUUAAACUUUGCAAACUAUGUUAUUCCUCAGGGGCGCUUGCACUGCCGAAACUUUCAACGACACCUUCGUAUGCUGCGCAAAGCCCAUCCCAGGAGGAAAUAUGUGCUGUUGUAGUUGACGUUUACUGGUGGAAACAUGCAGUAAGCAAAUGUUCCUUAAUACACUUACCACAGAUUACUCAUCAUCUCGUGACCGAUGCAUCCAACCUAGGUUGGGGAGCGAUGCUAAACGAUACGCUAUUAUCGGGCACGUGGGAAAGGAAUCAACAGGGUUGGCACAGCAAUCUCAAGGAAUUGGUUGCCAUACAAAGAGCGAUACAAGCUCGGGCGGAGGACUUAAAAGGCGCCAGUCUAUUAAUACAAUCGGACAAUUCGACUGCAUUAGCAUACCUAAGAAACGAAGGUGGUGUGAAAUCGGCUCGUUUAAUGAAGCAAACUCGCGAGCCGCAGUCUAAAGACUUAGCUAAAUUUCUCGCGUACCUACAUGUUAAAGAGGGAUUUAAGCCUUCAACUAUACAGCUUUACAGAUCGGCAGUGUCUACUAUUUGUGAGCCUCACUUAGGCAAGAAAUUAAGUGAAGAUAUUUUUGUGAGACAUGUACUUAAAUCUAUCGCACAGGCUAAUCCUCCGAGUUCUCGGGUUCCUAUAUGGGAUCCUCAACAGGUAGUAUCGUGGCUACAAAAUAAUGUACCCCAAGAAGUAACGUACUUUGAAGCAAGUAGGCGAUGUGCAGUAAUAUUGUUGCUUGCGUCAGGUAGACGUGUGCAUGAUCUUACGCUUCUGCGCAUAUCCCCUCAACACCUCGAGGAUAAUGGUACUGAUAUGACAUUUUGGCCUGUAUUUGGUUCAAAGACGGAUACUGCUAAACAGUCAGGAUGGAAGCUUAAUGUUAAUGAAGACGAGAGGAUUUGUCCAGUGUUUUGGAUUCGAAAAGUUAUUGAUUUAUUGAAAAUAAGAAGACGCUCAUUUCAACAACUUUUUAUUACCAUUCAUGGGGAGCCGAAGCCUGCAUCCAGGACAGUGAUUGCUAACUGGGUAAGAACAGUUUUUAAAGCUGCAGGUAUAGAUGCUACCCCAGGUAGUACCCGUUCGGCAGUAGCUUCAUAUAACUGGAUACAUAAUGUACCAAUUGAUAUGAUUUUACAAAAAGGUUUUACCUUACCAAUAAAACCUGCAUUGUGCUCCGAGCCUUGUCCGGGCACUUUUAGGUACCUGGUGAGAAUCAAUGAAAGAAUAAAUUUAGGAGACAAGCCUGCUCCUACCUGGUGGGGAAGCGAAGGCGACGAAGAUUACAAAGAACAACGUCAGAGAGUGCUCUGGUGCCUAGAAGAAGCAGUGUCUAGACCGUUGCUGCGCGGGGACGAGGCGUGGCCGCAGCUCGAAGAGCUGGCGCUAGCUCUCCAUGACCAAGCGUAUGUUGAUAAGGUGAAAAAGCAACAUGAUGCAGCCACAGAAUAUCUGCAAAAAAUAACACCAUAUGAAGAUAAACUAUUAACAAUGGAGGAUCCUGAAGAAAAAAUUAAAGUGUAUCAAGAAUAUAUAGAGACUGUGAAAGAGUUGUCCAAGGAGGAGAAAUUUUCUGAAUGUGAUAGUAAUGGCAUUUUGAAGGUUUUAUACGACCGCGCGACGAGCGAGUGCCUGUCGUGCGCAGAGUCGCACGAGCUGCUGCUGGCGGGCGCGCGGCACGCGCAGCGCGCCGGCUCGCGCGCCACGGUGUGCCGCGUGCUGGACGCGUGUACGCGCCGCUGCCCGCGCAAGGCCACCUUCUGGGUGCUCAAGAUGCAGCAGGCUGAACAUGAGGAGAAGGAUUUUGAUGAGGUGAAGACAAUAUUCGAGACGGCCCUGAGCAAAGGCAUGGAGUCGUACAAGCAGGCGGAGGCGCUGUGGCUGGCGUACCUGGAGCACGCGCGCCGCCGCACCGCCUUCGAGCGCGCCGACCACGUGCAGCGCCUGCGCCGCAGCUUCCGCCUCGCCUGGGACUCGCUCGCUGAGGCCUGGGGCGAGGAAGCAAACGAUUGUGAAGUGCCUCUAUUUUGGGCACGGAUUGAAUACAAAAGAAUAAAAGACCCCGCGCAAGGGAAAGAAAUUUUCGAAGAGAUUUUUAAAUAUGGUGACAAUAAAACUUUAUCAAAAUACUGGGAGGCGCUUAUUCAUCUUGAACGAUCUCGUGAUCCACCGUCCUCUGAACGCAGGCUGCGCGACCUGCACCGCCGCGCGCUCCGCAGCGUGCAGGACUACCCGCCGGCGGUGGCGCGCCUGUGGGCGGACCACGAGCGCGACCAUGGCCCGCUCGCCGCCGCCGUCGAGUGCGCGCAGCUCUGCGAGGAAAAACUGAAAGAAUGGCGUGAAAGCUACCAAGCUAUGAAAGACAAAAUGAUGGGACAGAAGAACAAAGGCAAGAACGCACAGAACAAAAAAUCAAAAACGGACAAUAAGAAAAACAAGGAAGAUAAACUGAAAGGCAAGAGAAAGUCUGGUGACGCCUCGGAGGGGAGUGAGGUGAAGAGGAAGAAGGAUGCAGUGAUGGAAGUUGAUGUGCCCGAGAAGGAUAAAGAUAGUGGUGGAGUAAAGAGGUCACAUGAAGAGGAUGACACAGAAUUGACUGAUAGUAAAAGGCAAAGGAGAGACUCGACUGAAGCGGGAGGCGGGAGGGAAGCCUGCACGCUGUUUGUUAGCAACCUCGAAUUUAAAGUGAAUGAAGAAAACUUAAGAAACAAAUUAUCAGAAUUCGGAGACAUCGUAUCGAUGCGUGUGAAAGCGGGAGUUAAAGCUUUCGGCGGAUCUAUUUGUUACUGUCAAUACAAAACUCCUGAAUCAGUAGAGAAAGCAAUAAAGCAUGACCGCACGCCGCUCGACGGGCGGCCGAUGUUCCUGUCGCGCUACGCAGCCGGCAAGGGGAAGGUGUUCAAGUACGCUCUCACCGCUGAGAAGAACAAGCUGUUCAUCCGCAACCUGCCCUUCGCGCACUGCACCAAGGACGCCCUCACCGAUAUAUUCGCCAAGUACGGCAAACUGUCAGAUGUUAGGGUCGUCACUUUUAAAGAUGGCAAACCCAAAGGCCUAGCGUACGUAGAUUAUGAAGACGAAGAAUCAGCAUCGAUUGCAGUGAAACAGAGCAAUGGUCUUUUGGUCGGGGACAGGAAUAUAGAAGUGGCGAUAAGCGCGCCGCCCGCGCGCGCCGGCGCCGCGCCCCCCGCGCGCCCUGCACCGCACUCCGGGCCCUCUACUACUAUGCGGCGAACUCAACUGAGCAGUUUUAUACCUCGCGUCCUUCAAACCCCGUCGACAUCAACUAGUGGUACUAGCAGUUCCAACGGAAAACAGAGCAAUGGCGACUCAAAACGACCACUCAGCAACAACGACUUUAGAAACCUGCUGCUUAAGAAA